AUGAGUGGUAGCUUUGCGCAAUCUCUGAAUGCAGCAUUACCAAGAUACGCGCCAACUAUCCCCAACUAUACUGCAGUCCCUGCGUCCGCAUCUGUUGCAGUGUUUCCAGUGGGACAAUCGCCCUACGCCGCGGCAGUAACGUACCAACACUACGUCCCGAUAGCUUCCACAGCCCCCUAUGUUGCGACACCCCAUCCCAUAUAUACAACCGCUGCGAAUGGAACGCCAGUCAACGUUAGCAAUGGUGCUGUGAGAACCGAGGCUAGAUCGAUCUUCCUAAGUAAUCUAAGCUAUGCGGCAGGGCCAACGGAGGUAGAAAAUCUGCUGAGGCGAGCCGGAAAUCCGAUACGUGUCGAUGUCCCAAAGGAUGCGAGGACUGGGCGAUUCAGGGGCUCAGGAACGGCGUCUUUUGCGACAAGAGAGGAGGCAUCGAACGCCAUCAAUCUUUUGAACAAUGUCAAGCAUAUGGGAACAAGAAUCCACGUGCGAUGGGCCCGAGAGACGACGACUGUUGCGACACCGCCAAAUCCUCUAGUAGUCGAUGGAUCAAACAGGGUGCGUAAAGUCACUAUAUCCUCAUCUGGCGGUGCUGAACAUAUCAUUGCCGUAGGGAAGACGCUAGGCGGUUCGUGCCGGCGCCGGACUCCGUAG